AUGUCUCCUUCUGCGACAGAAUCAGCUGCGGCCGGCGACGCUCCGGUCGUCGAUAACUACCCAUCCACACUCCCCCAGCCUGGCCACAACUGGCAAAUCACUCUCAAAGACAAGGUCAUCGCAAUCACCGGCGCAAACCAAGGAAUCGGUCUGGGCCUCGCCGAGGUGUGUCUUGCCAAUGGCGCGGGCAAGGUCUUCUCCAUGGACAUCAGCGAGCCGGGCGACGACUUCGCCGCGCUGGCCAAGAAAAACCCCGGCCGCUUCGAGUACGUCAAGACGGACGUGACGGACGAGGCGUCAGUGAAGGCGGCCAUCGACGAGGUGGCGACGCGGGGCGGGCGCUUCGACGGCAUGAUCGCCAACGCGGGCGCGACCAAGCACCAGCCGGCGCUCGACUUCACGCUGGAGCAGUUCGAGCGGCUCUACAAGCUCAACGUGACGGGCGCGUGGCUAUGCGCCACGUACGCGGCGCGCAAGUUCAUCGAGCUCAAGACCAAGGGGUCCGUCGUCUUCACGGCGUCCAUGACGUCGUACCGGCCCAACCGCGCCGCGCCCUCGGCCCCCUACGGCGGCACCAAGGCCGCCGUCCGCAACAUGACGCACACCCUGGCCAUGGAGUGGGCGCAGUACGGCAUCCGCGUCAACAGCAUCAGCCCCGGCUUCGUCAAGACCGCCCUCACCUACUACGUCGAGACGAGCCCGGACUGGGACCUCAAGAUGAAGUACUACGGCGGCAUGCCCCGCCUGGCGCUGCCGCAGGAGCUGGGAGGCGCAUACGUAUACCUGUUGUCCGAUACGGCGUCAUAUACUACGGGUAUCGAUAUCCCCAUCGCCGGCAUUGUUGGUGCUUGGUAA